CAUUCAACAGUUACACAAAACACUCUGAGCUGGGCUCGAAUGAAUUGCGCACUUCCUACGUUAUUAUUUAUAUUAUUUAUUUAAAUAAUGAGUGAUAAACCAUCAACUUCUAAGGAGAGUGCCGGCCCUUCACUCCCCAAACAAUUCAAAACUGACAGUUCGAAGCCGGCUCCAGCACCAAAGCCAAGUUCACUUACGAUUCUUGUCAAUCCCAAGCAAAAAGGAAAUCCCCUCCUGAAAUUCAUGAAAAAUCUGCCCUGGGCGUACUCGCAGAUCGUCCCGGAUUACGUGAUGGGUCCACGUGUCUGCACAUUGUUCCUUUCGCUGAGAUACCACCAGUUGAAUCCAGAUUACAUCCACGAUCGUUUGAAGCUUCUUGGGAAUGCUUAUCAGCUCAGGGUUCUCCUCGUUCAGAUUGACAUUCCUGAUCCUAAUCACCAACUGAAAAACCUCACGAGAAUAUGCAUUCUAGCUGAUUUGACGUUGAUGCUGGCGUGGAGCGCCGAGGAUGCAGCAAGGAUCAUAGAGACUUACAAAUCCUACGAGAACAAGCCACCUGAUAUGAUUAUGGAGCGUCCGGAUUCUGAUCCUCACCAAAGAAUCAUGAACGCAUUGACAACCAUCAGAUCCGUCAACAAAACCGACGCUAUGAUAUUGAUGAGGACGUUUGGAUCGUUCGAAGCUCUUUUGAAGGCUACGCCAACCGCCAUCUGCCUCUGUCCUGGGUUUGGAGCCCAGAAAGCCCAGAGAUUAUAUAACGUAUUGCAUGAACCAUUUCUUUAUAGUGCUCCGUCUAAAGAUACUCCAGGAACCUCUAAAGAUACUCCAGGAACCUCUAAAGAUACUCCAGGGACCUCUAGAGAUACUCCAGGAACCUCUAAAGAUACUCCAGGGACCUCUAAAGAUACUCCAGGGCCUUCGACUUCUUAACCUCAUUCAUCUAUGAAUCACUUUUUGCACCUGUCAUAUUUUUCUAUCAAUAAAUUAUCAAUCCAUAAUCAUCAGAAUUUAAAUUUCUGAUUCUCCCCACCCCAAGAAAAUCCAAAAAAUACUGAAUCAAAGGGGCUGAAUAAAUCUCCAACCACAGAGACAAAAAUUAAAUCAUGAUUUACUUUAUUAAGCGAAGAAUUGAUGCCUCAUCACGCAUCAUAAUUUUCAUAAUCUGAAAAAUCAGUCAUACCUCCACUCACUCACUCACACCUCAUUAUGUCGUUUAUCUGUUCAUCAUUUAGCUCCUUGAAAUCACGUAGAUCUCAUCACCAUUGUCAACAAUUUACAAAAGAAAAGAGAAAAGAUUUUUAAUAUCAAUCGCUCAAAGUUUCUAAAAAAAAAAUCUCCAUCUGUAUUCCACCUUUACAAUUAUCUCCUCCAUUCGUUUCUCUCUUGAAUUGUUAUUAAUAAAAUAGGAUACAAUGUACAGAAGAGCAUUAUAAAAUGUGUAAUUACAAUCGCAAAUGAUAGAGUUGAAGGAAAAAUAAACUGAUUGAGGGAUGGGACGCAGUCGCUUUCAACUGAGCAGACACGUUGAUUACAUUUUUCUCGAGUUAACCCUCGACGUACGUUAAUUUAAAUAAUAAAAAUUGAUUUGAACGAGGGGACUGAGGUAUCAGAAGUAUCGUCGAAGGUAAAAUAUUAAUUUUUCACAGAGUGCAUUGAAUAAUUGUUUGAGUUUUGUGUCUGACCAGUCAAGGGA